AUGGCCUCGACCUUCCCCCCGCCGCCCGUCAACACAAUUGACUGGAGCAAUGUCGGCUUCAAGGUUCGGGAAGUGAACGGUCACAUUGAGGCUACCUACAGCAAGACAACCGGCCAAUGGACGGAGCCCGAGUUCGUCGCGGAUCCUUUUUUACGCAUCCACGGCAUGGCUCCAGGCCUUAACUAUGGACAGCAAUGCUACGAGGGUAUGAAGGCUUUCCGCGGUCCGGGCGACAAGGACAUCUUCAUCUUCCGCCCCACGAUGAAUGCCGAGCGUAUGCAGCACUCCGCGUCUUACAUCUCUAUCCCCGAGGUGCCCAAGGAUCUUUUCAUCAAGGCCUGUCGUUUGGCAGUGUCGCUCAAUGCUGGCUAUGUCCCCCCGCAUGAGACCGGCUCCGCUAUGUACAUCCGCCCGCUCCUCUUCGGCUCAAGUGCCCAAUUGGGAUUGCAACCUCCUGAGGAGUACACCUUCUGUGUGUUUGUCAUGCCGACUGGAGUUUACCACGGUGUGCACCCCGUGGAUUGCCUGAUCCUUGAGGACUUUGAUCGGGCCGCUCCCGAAGGUACUGGUUCGGCAAAGGUCGGCGGAAACUACGCACCGGUCCUCAGGCACAGCGACAAGGCACGGGCCGAGGGUUUUGGUAUUACUCUGCACCUUGACAGCAAGACCCGGACUGAGAUUGACGAGUUCUCAACGUCGGGUUUCAUUGGUGUUAAGAAGAACGGGGAUGACAUCACCAUGGUUGUGCCUGACAGCAAGAACGUCAUCAAAAGUGUUACCUCCGACAGCGUACAACAAAUCGCCAAGUCUUUUGGUUGGAAGGUCGAAGUCCGACCGGUCAAAUACGAGGAGUUGCCUAGUUUCACCGAAGUCAUGGCAGCUGGUACAGCCGCAGCGCUUGUCCCCAUCAAGUCCAUCACGAUGAGGUCUAAGGGCGACAAGAUUGAAUAUAUCAAGGAUGACGAGCCAGGUCUGAUUUGUAUCAAGCUGAUCGAAACGCUUCAAGGCAUCCAGCGUGGCAAGAUCGAAGAUUCUUUUGGUUGGCUCGACAAGAUCGAGGAGGCAAAGGGCUACAAGGUAAGGGGCGGAAGCAACACCACCAGCGGCACGGAGGACAACGUCGACAAGCUGCCAUGA